AUUUUGUCCAGUGAGUUAUAGUUAUUGAAGAUCGUGAGAAGUCUGAGUUCAAUUUUUCGUUGUUCUCACUUGAUAUCAAAAAGCAGGAUGAGGUGAAUUAAGAUUUUGAUUUUCUGAAUUGAUAUGACCCAGACACUUGCGAGACAUCAGAUUUACACCUAUGAUCCGUAAAUUUAGAGGUAGAUCAUCUAGUUUAACAAGUAGACGGUAGUACCAACCUGGUUCCAUAUCCAUUGACGUUGUAGUUGAAGAAUACUAGAUUAGACUAGAGUUCGUUGUAAGAAAUCUAAUAUUGAUCGUCACGACGCACGAUCAGGAUCACAAGGUCUUCAAUUUUAGAAGAUUUCAAGUUCAAAGAUCGACAUGGUAGAUCCCGCAAUCUCAGUUUCUUCCGCAGCUAAUACAAGUGGAACGAUGGCAGCAGCCGUUAAAACCACGGAAGAGGAUGAAGAGCUUCAAAAGAAGUCUUCUACUUUGUCCCGCAGAGUCGAAGAUAUUCUACGAUUGCUCUUAUCCGGCGACAACGUUAGCUCUGAUGAGGAACUAGUUUCUCGCUUAGAUCCGAUGCUGGGCAUACCCAUAACUUACAUCAACCAAAGGGUGCAAAGCCAAUUACUAGCAACAACAAGAACCUCAUCCACCUCGAAGUUGAUUGCUUCGAUGAACAGCAGGACUUCUUCUAUCAAUAAGGAAGAUGGUGACCAACCAGCCAGUGGUAACGGAACAACCGCGGGUCCACAGAGUUCUAGUACUAAAGGCUCAACGGACGCGAUGACAGAGGAGGACACAGCGGAUCGAGGAGUGGCUGAGCAUAUGUACGCUUUAGAAGCGACUAGUGGGGAUGUAGACAUGGAGGCGACUGGAGAUGGUGCUGGUCUUGGAGGUAUACAAGGUAGUAGUGAUGCAGAAGACAUAAGUGACGCCGUGAAGACCGCCUUAGCUGUUCUCUCCACCGAAAAUCUAGUGUCUUACGACAGCGAAGGGGGCAGGAUCGCUUUAAAGAGAGGACUAGAGUCGAAGCGGGACACGCUUUUGCUUAGGGAUGUGCCAGUUACUGUCAGUUUGAAGCAAAUCAAGACGCUUUUCGUAGAGCCAUCGAGUCCCUCAGGAAAGGCCUCAGAAGCGUCAAAGGGGGAACCGAAAUUCACAGUGGGAGCAUCAAAUAAAGCAGCGAAAACGAGAGUUUGGUACUUCAACUUUUUUUCUCGCAGCAGGCAAUUGUAAUCUUGUUCUCGUGUCUGUCCUCAUGAAUGAAAAACUGUAACUGUAUCAUGUCGAUUCAUCAAGUAGAAAAUCGUCCUCGUGUUGUUUCAGCAGAGAUGAAAUUGAGUGAAGUUCCUCCACACAAAUUCUACUUCAUCUCAGGUACUUAAAAUUCGCUUCAAACGAGGAAGCAGUCGAAGCUGCGAUGAGACUACGGAUGACGGCAGCACCAUGGAACCCAGAGAAGAAGAUCCAAUGCGGCCUAAAGUCCGACCUCCUUGUCCGAUCUUUUUACCCAAUGACCCAAGCCUUCUUCAGUCCCCUCUUUUCCCAGCAAAAACCUGCAACUUCCAUGACACAGGUACUUACUUACUUACUUACUUACUUACUUACUUACAUACAAAAUAUAGCUUACUUCUGUUGCUUAUGUGGUCAUGACCACUUUUUUUACUGGUUCUGGCUUAUCAUGUGAUCUUGAUCAUGACAAACUCCUGUUGUUUCUACAGGCCGUUUCCACCCUCACGCCUUUGGCAUUAGCGAGUCUUCAAGGUGGAGGCAUAAUUCCUGGACCCACACAAGUGAGAUUUAUUCCCCGAGAUGAGCACGCACGAGAGGACGACAAUUGUUCUCAGGACGGCGCAGGCGACGCAGACGACAUCCAUCCAAAUAGUAGCAAGGCAUUAUCAACCCCUAACCUGCCAACAUCGAGCAAGCCGCCGCAGAGUACUAUUUCAACGAAGACAGGAGAUGAUGUGGAAGAAGUAGAAGAGAACAAGAAAGCAGAGGAUGCUGGUGAAAAAAACGGAAAAGCCAGUCCGCCACCACAUGCAAGUCCAGUUCAACAGUUGAGGGAUUCUGUCCGAACAGCAUUGCCUUCAGCACUGCCAAGUAUGGGCAUGGCUGGACAAAGCGCCGGGGCGUCAGGGUACUAAAUUUAUUGUUGUCCACUUGGAAUGUCGUGAAAGCGAUCAGUGGUAGUCUCAUGUUUCUACUCCAUAUCACGUUUUAUCUAUCACCCUUUCUAGUAAAAAUAUCUAUCAUGAUUUACUACUCUCCGAUCAGGUCCUCUACAAUGCCAUACUUUACCUUGAGAGACGCGGCAUGUGAGGGAACAGCUGAUGCCAUUAUGGGUCGACCUAGGAACGCAGCUGUGACGCCACAAAAGGACGGGGUAUCCAUUAGAUUCGUUAGGUUGAAUGUCUCGAGCCCCUGCUUCUACUCGAUGAGCAGGAAAAUACUAGAGAUAGUACUUUCUCUUUCGUACACCACAAUGAUUGAAAGAUGAUUCAUGAUCUUUUCCUAGUUGUUGUUUUAAAAUCCUUUUAGUAAAUUGUACAACUAACAGUGUUACAUCGCCGCCCUUCUGCAAUACCAAUACGCACACCGACACCCGCCACAGGCUUCUGACGCGGCGGCAUCCGAAGCGCAGGCGAGUUCAUCUUUCACGCCGUACAUGAACCUGUCGGAUUUCAAGCCAAACAGUGACGUAGGAACUGGCAGUAUGAUAGAGCCCUACGUGGCUCUGUCUUUGCAGCCAGUGUGGCAGGAUGGGGGCUUUGUUAUGCCUGACGGCUCGUGGGUUCCUAUGCAGAACGCUGCUCAUGGUACCUGGAACGCACCUGCAGAGGAGAGCAUGCUUGAUCCCCAUUUCCUUAUGCGAUACAGCGUGCCUGGUGGAAGCGCCGUAGUUGCUGACCCCACGUCAGCAGCUGCAGCAGCUAGUGUUGCAGCUGGAGCCGCUUUGCUCGGCUCGACAUCAACUGUUCCUGACACCAAGGCAGAAAAUGCGACCGCAGGCGAAGAUGGUGAGCAUGGAGAAGAAGCUGGAGAGAAGCCUCCCACAGGCGAACAAGGAGCACUACAAUCAGAGGCACAGAAUGCAGUGUCGUCUAUGAUGUACGAUCCAGUUUCCGGCUUAGUGUACUGGACACCGGAUGGAGGGAUAUCAUGGUACUAUAAUCGCAUGACAGAAUCAGAAAAUCGACAAGAGACAAAUUAAUAAAAGAAGAAGUAAAUGAUCAUGAUAAACUGGGUCUUAAUCAUCUUCACUCAAACUCAAUCGACUUAAUCUCAAACCCGGACAGGUAUCCGCAAAGCACCAUCAAUAUGACUGAGGAUGGGAACUUCUUUCCACAGCCCAUAGUGGAUCCUGUCAAACAGGCCAGUCCUGCCGCUCUUCCGGAAAUGUCAGCGCAGAAAAGGAAAGGCAAGGGCAAAAAGGGCAACACAGGAAAGGGCCAGUGGAAAGUCGACAGUGAUGUAAACGCUGUAGCCGCAAGCCAACAACACUUCGGAUACGCACAUGAAUUUAGAAAGUACACACUUGUUAUUUGGACUACUGCGUUCGCAUGUUCAGACUUGUUCUAGGUUGUAUUAGUAUCUAUAAUCAGGAGUUCUAGUUCUUGAUGGCUUGUUCUUGAUGUUCAGCUCGAGCUAAAACUUUGUUCUUUCCGGUGGUCAUGAUCUUCAUCCUGGUAGAAGAGAUUACAAGAACGACAUAUAUAAGAUUGAAGAUCAUUUACAUUUGCUCCAUCUCCAACACCAGGUACGAAAAAGACGAAGUGUUUGCGAUAAUAUCUGAGAUGUGUGUUGGACUUGGGCAAGAGGCAAUUGAAAAGCCGGAAGUGUUGGACAACCCUCGAUUUGACGACGUGGUUCGCAAAACAGCGAAUUUCGGUCUCCUCUCCUUAGAUGGCACCGAUGGCGACAAUAUGGUCAAUUCGCAGAGUAGAAAACCGCGAAAGGGGCAUGGUGGUGGAAAAAAGGGAGAAGGUAAGAUGAAAGGAGACUUCUCUGGUAAAAAAGGAGGCUCCAGUGGAGAUAAGGACGUCGAAGGUGGAAAGGGAAGGAAGAGAACAAAAAGCAGUAGUAGUGGAAGUAAAGGUGGUGGAAAAGGGAAGUCAUCGUGGGCAGACGUUGCGAGAGGUGAUAGCGAAGGUGGAAAGGGCAAAGGAAAGAAAAAAGGUGGGAAGAAGGACAGUGCAGAUGUUGAUGCGGUAGAUGGUGAAGAUGAACCGACUGACGGAGCAGGAGGUAAAGGAAAGAGUGGCAAGGGCAAGGGAAAAGCACCGAAGAAAGGUGAUAAGACCAGCAAAGACACCUCCAGUAGAACCAAAGCAUCACCGAAAGGAAAAGAAGCAUCAUCUCCAAACGCAUCUUCGUCCACGAAACCCUCCAACAACAAUAAGAGCGGCAGUAAGAACUCUGAAAGUAGUGGUACUAAAUCGAAGAAGAAACAAACGCCCGCGAAAGACCACUGGGUGAAGAAGGACAACAGUGGUUCCUCACCUUCUCCACCAGAGCCAGAGCAGUAGCCAGGUCGUCUAGCCUUCCUACAAAACAAAAUCGAACGAAGACUACAUCUUCAAAGGAAGACAUCAGUCUUCGAUGAAAUGUUGCAGCAUGUUUAGAAACUCAAUGAAAUUGAAAGUACGUAGUACUUCUAGUACCUUUUAUGGCUAGAUGAAUGCUUUCAACAAAAAGCAAAAGGGAAAGUAUUAGAGGUGAAGUGUAAUUGGCUGCCAAAGAUGUUGCUAUAGGUCAUCCAUGGUUUUGGGUUACUGUGAAUUCAGUAUUUUUUGAGCGUCAUCGUCCUUCAUAGAAGUGGUCACACACGCGAUCAUGAAAGUAUCUCCUUUUCCAUAAAAACUGAAUUCUAGGUCUAGGAAGAUGUGUGGUUUAGUUCCGCAGUAUCUACCUACUUCUUAAUUCCGCAGUAUCUACAUGCUUUCAUUCGUCAUAGAAGGGUAAAAUGUCAUCCCAAUCACCAUUUGAAGGUUUUCAAUCACCAUUUCCCUGUAAGUCAAAACACAACUACAAGUAACAAGGUGAAAGUUUAAAACGCUGAUACCGUAGAAGCUGUGCUAUCAACAAGAGAAAAAAUCCACUUCGGGACCCCUCGGAGAAGAUCUCCCACCUAGCAUCCU